CCCGAGCCCCGAGCUGGUCUCCGACCCGACCCGCGACAGGCUGAGACCGCCGGGCCAUGGAGGAGGUGACAGUGGUUGCGGCUCUGGGCUUCCUGCUCCUGGCCGGGGCGGGGGGCUCGGCCGGGGACGAGGCCCGGGAGGCGGCGGCCGUGCAGGCCCUCCUGGCUCGGCUGCUGGGGCCCCGGCCGGCGGCUGACUUCUCGGUGUCGGUGGAGCGCUCCCUGGCGGCCGAGUCCGGCCUGGACACCUACCGCCUGAGCGGCGGCGGCGCCGGGGCGCGUGUGCGAGUGGCCGGCUCCACCGGCGUGGCCGCCGCGGCGGGGCUGCACCGCUACCUGCGCGACUUCUGCGGCUGCCACGUGGCCUGGUCCGGCUCCCAGCUGCGCCUACCGCGGCCGCUGCCUGCCGUGCCGGAGGAGCUGACCGAGGCCACGCCCAACAGGUACCGCUAUUACCAGAACGUGUGCACACAAAGCUACUCCUUCGUGUGGUGGGACUGGGCCCGCUGGGAGCGGGAGAUCGACUGGAUGGCGCUGAACGGCAUCAACCUGGCGCUGGCUUGGAGCGGCCAAGAGGCCAUCUGGCAGCGGGUGUACCUGGCUUUGGGCCUGACUCAGUCAGAGAUCGACGAGUACUUCACUGGUCCCGCCUUCCUGGCCUGGGGUCGCAUGGGCAACCUGCACAGCUGGGGUGGGCCCCUGCCCCGCUCCUGGCACCUCAAGCAGCUUUACCUACAGCAUCGAAUCCUGGACCGGAUGCGCUCAUUCGGCAUGAUCCCGGUGCUGCCUGCAUUCGCAGGGCACGUCCCCAAGGCUGUCACCAGGGUGUUCCCUCAGGUCAAUGUCACCCAGAUGGGCAGCUGGGGACACUUCAACUGCUCCUACUCCUGCUCCUUCCUCCUGGCUCCAGGGGACCCAAUGUUCCCCAUCAUUGGGAGCCUCUUCCUGCGGGAGCUGACCACAGAGUUUGGCACGGACCACAUCUACGGGGCUGACACUUUCAACGAGAUGCAGCCCCCCUCCUCAGAGCCCUCCUACCUCGCCGCGGCCACUGCUGCUGUCUAUGAGGCCAUGAUCACAGUGGACCCUGACGCUGUGUGGCUGCUCCAAGGCUGGCUCUUCCAGCACCAGCCCCAGUUCUGGGGGCCUGCCCAGGUCGGGGCUGUGCUGGGGGCUGUUCCUCGUGGCCACCUCCUGGUUCUCGACCUGUUUGCUGAGACCCAGCCUGUGUACAUCCGCACAGCCUCCUUCCAGGGCCAGCCCUUCAUCUGGUGCAUGCUGCAUAACUUCGGGGGCAACCAUGGCCUGUUCGGGACCCUGGAGACUGUGAACCAAGGCCCUGCAGCCGCUCGCCUCUUCCCCAACUCCACCAUGGUGGGCACAGGCAUGGCCCCUGAGGGCAUUGGCCAGAACGAAGUGGUUUAUGCCCUGAUGGCUGAGCUGGGCUGGCGGAAGGACCCAGUACCAGAUUUGGGGGCCUGGGUGGCCAGCUUUGCUGCCCGGCGGUAUGGGGGCAUCCACCAGGAUGCAGAGACAGCAUGGAGGCUCCUGCUCAGGAGUGUCUACAACUGCUCCGGCGAGUCCUGCAGUGGGCACAAUCGCAGCCCGCUGGUCAAGCGGCCAUCUCUACAGAUGAAUACCACUGUCUGGUACAACCGAUCAGAUGUAUUUGAGGCCUGGCGGCUGCUGCUAGCAACUACUCCAGCCCUGGCUGCCAGCCCGGCCUUCCGCUAUGAUCUGCUGGACGUGACUCGCCAGGCAGCCCAGGAGCUGGUCAGCUUUUACUACGGAGAGGUGAGGACCGCCUACCUCAACAAGGAGCUGGUUCACUUGUUGAGGGCUGGAGGUGUCCUGGCCUACGAGCUUCUGCCAGCACUAGACGAGGUGCUGGCUAGUGACAGCCGCUUCCUGCUGGGCAGCUGGCUGGAGCAGGCCAGGGUGGCAGCGGUCAGUGAGGCCGAGGCCCAUUUCUUUGAGCAGAACAGCCGCUACCAGCUGACCCUUUGGGGACCAGUGGGUAACAUCCUAGACUAUGCCAACAAGCAGCUGGCAGGACUGGUGUCUGACUACUAUACCCCCCGCUGGCAGCUCUUUGUGGGGGCGUUGGUUGAGAGCCUGGUCCAGGAUGUCCCCUUCCAACAGCGUCAGUUUGACGAGAAUGUCUUCCAGCUGGAGCAGGCCUUCGUCCUUAACACGCGGAGGUAUCCCACCCAACCAAAAGGUGACACUGUGGACUUGGCUAAGAGGCUGUUUCUCAAAUAUUACCCCCGGUGGGUGGCUGGCUCCUUGUGACAGGUUAACCACACUUGGGUCAUGUCCUCCCCAAACUCCAGGCCAGAGCAGGUUCCUGGGGCCUGGAGCUGGACAAGCGUCACCAGAGGUUCCCAGGCCUAAGAGAAGGAGCCCAAGGCCUGCUGGUAGGGUCAGGUAUGGGGGAGUCUAAAGGGAGGUGAGCCACCUUCCACCAUCAUUCUAAAUUUGGGGUCAAAGUACAGUUUUCUAUGAAAUCAAUAAACUGAUGAAUCAGC